CAGUCACUGUCACUUCCCUAGUAAGGAAAUCAGCUCGCUCCGUUCAAUGCGACUGUCCGGACGGCCCGUUCCAAAAGUGCCAAGAUGGAGUUACUUGCGGAGACGUCGCCAAAGAGUGGGGCGCCUGCCUUGUUUACUGACGAGCAAACGUUAUGUUGGUCUCUGCGUCAUGGUGGCCUUGUUCCUCUACUACCACCAAGAUCUUCGUCCACCGCGGUUCGACCAAUCUCUCUCCGCCCUGCGGGCAUCGCAAACUCCACGUGAUAGAAAACAGGCAACUGUAGUCAAGUCUAUCGUGAUGGUUCUCUUUGGUGUUCCCAAAGAGUUUCCGACGGUCUGGAGGUUCUAUCGGAAGUAUCUCAUGGACGCCAAUCCGGAGAUACACUUCUCCGUCGCAAUUCACUUGUAUUCAGAUAUUCAAGUGUUGACAAAUCUCAAAAAUAAUGAAACGAGUGUUGCUAUUGCAUCCGCCGAUGACAUACGGGCUAUUCUGUCGAACACGAACGCUACGGUGGUACAGUCGAGUCAACUCGAGUACGACCAGAGUCUGACCUGGAUUCGGCCCGAGCACGUGGUUGGUCGCAUGAAGGCACCGCCGUGGACGGUGGACACAAUGAAGAAUAUGUUUCGACAGGGAAACUCCAUGCUCUUGGCCUACCAAGAAGCUGUGCGUUCCUUUCCCGACGCGGAUGGUUACCUUUUCGCACGGUCCGAUACCUUGCUCAUUCGUCCCACCGUACUCCGAACCCGAAACGUCCAAGCCAACGACUUGUACUUGCCCAGCUGGCAAGUCUUUAAGGACGAAUACGUUGAUCGCUUCGCCUACGCCGGUGGCCAAGCUGCUGCCUCGGUGUACGCCGAAAGCAAAGCAAUCGCUUUUGCCGAAUACAUACGGAGCGACCGCGACGACUUUUGGCGGUGUUCCGAGCGCUUGCUGCGCAUUUACAUCGAAGAGUACAACAAUAAUACGAGUCGCAGCAACAGCGGGAGCGACCGGCCUUUUACCGUAUCGGUCCAUUUGGAGUCACGAAAAUUGAAGUGGGCUCCGUUACUACGCGUGCGUGGCGGCGGUAUGCUGAACGAACGUGAUUAUCACGAUUUUGUGGACAAGAAAUGGUCGGGAGCGGACUACCCAAUGGCAGAUUUUUUAUCCAGCAAAACUCAAUAG